AUACCCGAGUCCGCUCCUAUCAAGCGUUGCGUCUUCCUCCUCUACCCUUUCGCAGACUGUCGCUUUCGUACAAGGUGUAACAAACCGGUAUGCUACACUCCCUUGUCAGUGCCGGCCUGAUUGGCCUGGCAUCGUUGUCUCUAGGUGUCGAUGCCUUACCAAGUAGAAGAGCGGCAUCCGCCGAAUCUGCGUUUGAAAGGGUGGCACAGCGAGGCCUUCAAGAUCGACCAACGGUCUCCUCCACCACGCAGGCGGCGAGCUUUGAAGUCAAGACAUUCUACAGCACUGUCUACCGCUCCAGCACAAGCGUUUACGGCGGUACCUACACGAGUACCGUUGUCAUUGGUGGGAAAACGUACACCGUCAUUGGUGAAUACACACCAUCAACCACAUCCUCUUCGCGAAGUUCGACUACGACAUGGCGUGCAGGCGCUGACAAACCGCCUACCACUUCCUCUUCCAUCAAGUCUACACAAGCUGUCGGCUAUACUGUCGUAACCGUUAGGAAGGGAGAGUCAUCGACUUCAGCAAAGACUCGCUCAUCCAUCAGCUCAUUACGCAGCUCCACCUCUCAGGAGUUAGGCAGAACCACCAUGACCACAACCGUGCCUCUGAAGACAAUCACCACAAUCGCUGAACGCUCCUCACUUAUCACGUCAUCUGCCACUUCACAACCAGGCCGACACAGCGAGACGUCAUCAAGCCAGCGGUCGACUUCGACCUCGUUGAGUACCUCCACCGUUCGAUCAUCCAGCCAGCCGGUGGACAAGACCACUCUCAUAACGACCAUGCCUGUGGAAACCAGGACCAUUACCGCAGAGGUUCCAUCAGCCUCCUCGUCAAGGUCGACCUCGAGCAUGUCCAGCGGCAGCGGAGGUGAGCGCACAAGCAGCCGCUCGGGCUCAACCGCAUCCACGUCCUCUACAGGCGUGAGCACGACAAGGGCCACCGCCACGACCAGUGUUCUAUCCACGACAACGACCCCUGAGGCUCGCAUGUCUUCUAUCUCGACCUCGACCACCAGCCGCGCAGGGGAGACGACCAUUACACGCCAGAGUCAGUCAACAGGCCGGACUGUCAGCCCCACAAGAUCUUCGCCAGCCGCUUCGAGCACGGCAAUAUCAGGGCGCUCUUGCGCGCAGUUGGCCGCUCAGAACACCACGUACACAGACAUAAACGGCAACGUCUACACCGUGAAGUGCACGUAUGAUUACCUUGACAGCGAUUUCGCCUCAACGAGCGUGAACUCUUUCGAAGACUGUUUUGCUGGGUGCGACAAGGCAACCGGCUGCGUUGGCUUCACCUACCUCGGCGGAAGUGGCGGCGGUACCUGCUACUUCAAAUCUGCACUUAUGGGCGGCGGUCCCUCGAAAAGUAUGUCAGACGCAGCUGUGUUAGUUUCAUUCCCUAAGGCUGGCUCCGGCUCUGCUUCCACCGCUGCAUCAUCGACAACCUCAACAGCACCGUCAGCCACCAGCACCUCGGCGACGAGUUGCAGCAAUAUCCAGGCUCAAGGCCCUACGUUCACAGACGCGAACAACCGCACUUACGAGGUCACAUGCUCUUACGACUACGCGGGUAACGAUAUUGGCAUGAGCCCGACGGGCAGCUUCCGCGAUUGCUUCACCUACUGCGACUCGACGCCAAGAUGCGUUGCGUUUUCAUACCUCGGCAGUGAGACAUAUGGCACUUGCUACCUGAAGAGUUCCGCGAGCAGCGGCGCUCCAUCCGUUGCCAAUGCCGCGCAACUGGUUGGAGGAGCUUCAAGCUCGUCGUCUUCCGGCGCUGCAGUUGCAACUCGCUCGACCAGUGCCACCACUCCCUCUGCCUCAGCUACCUCGCCCACCAACUGCGCUGCGAUUGCACCCAGUGGCAUAACCAGGUACAAAGACACCUUAGGCGUACAAUACGAGGUCGCCUGCCAGCACGACAUCCCUGGAGCAGACUUGACUACGGUCCAGGAACCGAACUUCCUGGGCUGCUUUGCCGCUUGCGACCUUAACGCACAGUGCACUGGGUUUAGCUGGCUACCCGGCAACGGCUUCGGAUAUUGCUACCUCAAGCAAAACGGGAAUUCGUUCAGCGGCCAAUCCACCGCCGACGCUGCCUAUAUUGUCAGUCGUGGAAACAACACGGGACUACCUACAAUCACCCCAAGUCCCUCCGUCAGCUCAGUCUCGGUCUUGCCCUCUCCGACCGCCACUUCUGCUGGCUCUUGCGCCAGUAUUGGUGACAGGAUCCACAAAGAUGCGGCAAGCCGCACAUAUAUUGUUACAUGCGGUGUAGAUCACAACGGUGGUGAUCUAUCAAAUGCACAGUCUCUUACCGGCACCUUUUCGGGAUGCUUCGCACUCUGCGACGUCACGCCUAAGUGCAUUGGUUUCGCGUAUCUGGGAACAACGUGCUACCUCAAGCAGACCAUCACGGACGCUCAAGUGAACCCUAAUGUUGACUAUGCUUACACCAACGCCUCCUCUGUACCGAGCAGUACACCCUCGUCUAGUCUUAGCACCCCUCAGGUCCCACUAAUAAGCACUACCGGCACGCUCAGCCUUAGCAUCCCAACUAUCUCAUUGGGGAGCGCAAGUGCAACCACGACACAUUCCAGGUCCUCGAGCGCUACAUCAGAGACGGUCCUGUCACCCAGCACCUCUAGUGGACCAAGCCAGAACACGCUCAGUCAACAUACCACGUCGUCUGCCAGAAGCACCAUAACAUCCCAGCCUGGAAGCUCGACUAUCACUGCUGCCCCGACCUACAGCACUGUCAGUGGAGUUUACUUAAAUGGGAACAACAACCGCCAAGCCUACGCCUACAACUACGCCCAAGGCAGGUACGUCGUAGUGCAGAACGGCAACAAAGAAGUAGACAUUCCGUACGGUUCCACUACCGUGGUGGAAGGUCACACCUUGAGCGCCUACCCUAAUGGCCAAGGUCUGGUGGUCGACCAAGUGAAGACCUACAGCUUUACCUCCCUCUACACAACAGAGUUCCCUAGCACCACGCAAGAGGCCGCGCGCACAUCAACGGUUGCUCGGCCGGGCACCACAUCGGUAGGCCUCUCUCCUGUAGCGACUGAGAGCUUCAGAAACCCAGGACCGCUGCCUGUCAGUCAAGGCUCGUCCUCGUUCACGAUGGAGCAGUCUACCCGCAAGACGACUACAAUUGCGGCCACCUCGAUAACGAAGAAGUCAACGACUGGUGCUCCCCAGCCCAUCCCAACGGACAAGCCUGAUGGGAAGGAUAAGCCUGACGGCAAGGACAAGGACGACGACAAGGAUGAGCAUGACGCCAAGGACAAGCAUGACGCCAAGGACAAGCACGACGGCAAGGACCAGCACGAUGGGAAGGACAAGAGCGACGGGAAGGGGCAUUCCGGACACCAAAAAGGCCCACAGCCGUACAAGCCCAAGGCCACGGUGACUGCGAGCAAAGUCAUCUUCCCGGUGCCUGUGCCGACCGGUUCCAGUCAGAAGCAGUGUAACGAUGCCUCACAAGGCGACCCUUUCAAAGUUGUCGCUUCCGUCAUCUCGGGUGCCUCGAUGUUCGAUGGCAUGACGCUCGAGGCGCCUCAAGCUGGCACAACCAACAAGAUUCCUACCCUUAGUACAAACAAAGGCAAAGCCGCGUCUUGCGUCAGCUCCGCGGACGGGAACUCCAUUCUUGUCCUGCACAACACGUCAAACAAAGAUCAGUGCAAGUUCACUGGUAUGGGACUUGUCCCUACUGACGACGAUGACGACAACAUCUACGGUGACACCGUCUGGAGCUCAACCCACGGAUCGGCCUGCGUGCGCAAGAAGGGAGAUGAUCUGGGUACGCAAGGGGUCAACUGGCUCGUCUGCAGCUCGAACGGUAUCAACCAGCUGAAGUACGUUGAUGGGGAGUCGGUAAAUCAAGCAGACAUGGCGCAGUGUGCCAGAAUUGCGUUGAAGACUGUGAACGUGUUGUAAUGGAGACGGCAACUCGACGUUAGGGUGUGGAAGCAAGCAUCGUUGGUGGGAAGGGAAGAAAAGCGAUAGUAUUGCUACAUGUGCCUGAACUACCUGGUAGGUAGGUACUUGAUCUCGUGACUGCAGCGUUACGACCAAGAGUGAUAGGCAGGUACAGAGGGGAUAUUAUCGCUUUCACCCGUCACCGUCCUCCCC